UCGUGGGUGUGGAUGGAAAGGGUCAGUUUCAAGAAACAAUUGUUGACUGAAACAAACACCUCAGCCACGACAACCACAAAGGUUUCACAACUUUUAACCAGAGGAGUCAUUGAAGGAAUUUUACCAAUGGGACAGUUGCUACUUUUGAUCAUCGUUUCAUUAAUCUCCCUCCCGCGUUGACUUGAAACGUCUUGGGCCUCGGGAGGGAGGAAUAGAGUCCCGUGUUUCUAAAUCGUUUUGUUUGAUUGAACUGUCUACCAACUGGAUUUAACUCUUAAGUAAUUGAAGAAAAUGAAUUCCGCACGAUUUGAAUACGAGGGGCAGAACGGGCGGCAUGAGCAGGUCACCUUCCUGGAUAACAAAGAGAAGAUGUCAUCGAAGAAGAAGACUGGAGUGAUAGUGGGAGUCCUCAUCGCUCUGCUUGUCUUGGCAGCCGUGACAGGAAUCCUCAUCUGGCUCUUUGUUAUCAAAGGCAGGGAGUCUGCGGCCACCAUAAGUAUGAAGCGUGUCCCAGCUCAGCGGGUGUAUAGCGGGCACAUGAAGCUGGACAAUGUGCCCUACAACCAGAAUCUGGAGGACCCCACCAGCACAGAAUUCAACAAGCUGGCAGACGACCUGGAAGAGAUACUUAAGAUCAACUACAAACAAGUUGAGUUCCUCUCCAAGUACUACACCACAUCUGUGGUGACGGCCUUCAGUGAGGGGGUGCUGGCCUACUACUGGACKCAGUUUGACAUCCCGGCAACGGACCUGGAGAUGCUGCCAGAGUUCUCUGAGGAGCGGGUCCUGGAGGUACUGUGGAAUGGCAUCAGGGAGCAGGGCAAACGCUCCGGCCAGAGCCUCCGCAUCAGCCAAGUCACUGCCUCACGCACAGACCCCAGGAUGGCCCGGAACCCCAGAGCCGAUUACGAGUGUUUCUUCCGGUUGGAGGCUAACACCUUAGUUCAGAGCUUCCAGUCUCCAGGCUUUCCAGAUCAGUACCCGGCCCAGUCCCGCUGCCAGUGGCAGAUCAGAGCCCCGGAACAGAACGCCAUCUCAGUCCGCUUCUCCKACUUUCACAUAGAGGACGACUGCUCRGAUGARUUUGUGUCCAUCUACGACUCCCUCAGCCCGGAUGAGUCCCAGGCCAUCACUCACAAGUGUGGUCAGAGGCCUCCCAGCAAUCCCCUGGAGGUGGUGUCGUCCAGUAACAUCAUGCUCAUCAACCUUGUUACUGACAGCGCUGUCCAGAGGCCUGGCUUCAGUGCAGAGUACUCAAUCAUCCCCCUAACAACAUCCAAAAGUUGUGGAGGAGUCCUGAGUGAUGCUCAGGGGAACUUCAGCUCUCCCCAUUACCCCAGCUUCUAUCCCCCAGCCCUGGACUGCAAGUGGACCAUCGAGGUCCCUGCAGGGAAGCAGGUACGUGUCAAGUUCACCAUGUUCCGUAUGAAGGAGCCGAGAGUGGACGUCAGGGUGUGUCACAAAGACUACAUAGAGGUCAUGGACACCAAAUACUGUGGGGAGAUGUCUUCUCUGGCCCUUACCAGUACCACCAGCUCUCUGGUUGUGAUGUUCCACUCUGACGAGUCCUUCACAGACAAAGGCUUCCAGGCUCAGUACAACACAUACGAUCCUUCCAACCCUUGCCCCAACCAGUUUGCCUGUGGCUCUGGGUUCUGUAUCAAGAAGGAGCUGCAUUGUGAUGGCUGGAACGACUGUGGGGACAUGAGUGAUGAAAUGAACUGCAAAUGUGAAAAGGACCAGUUUGCCUGUGACAACGGGAUGUGCAAGCCCAAGUACUGGGUGUGUGACCGUGUCAAUGACUGCGGUGACGAGAGUGAUGAGAAGCACUGCAGCUGUGCUAAGAAUGAGUGGAGGUGUGGUGACGGGACUUGUUUGCCUCAGGAUGUGGUGUGUGACACUAAGACGGACUGUGUGGACGGGAGUGACGAGGCUUCCUGUACCGUCUCUCCUGGUAUCUGCUCUGACUUCAGCUUUAAGUGUAAGAACGAGGCGUGUGUGAACAAGGUGAACGCUGAGUGUGACCGGGUCAAAGACUGCACCGACGAAUCAGACGAGGAGGGCUGCGACUGUGGCAUCCGGCCAUAUAAGCUUAACCGUAUUGUGGGCGGGGAGAAUGCGCAGCUGGGGGAGUGGCCCUGGCAGGUGAGCCUGCACUUCCAGACCCGUGGGCAUGUGUGUGGCGCGUCAAUCAUCUCCAACCGCUGGCUCCUGUCUGCCGCCCACUGCUUCAAGACCAUCAGCCCUGAAAACCACGUGGCCUCCAACUGGCAGACGUACAGUGGCAUGCAGGACCAGUAUAAGCAGGAUACUGUUCAGAGAAGCUUGGUGAAGACCAUUAUCACCCACCCAGACUACAACCAGAUGACUUAUGACUACGACAUCGCCCUGCUGGAGCUGAGCCAGCCGCUGGAGUUCACCAACACCAUCCACCCCAUCUGCCUACCCGCACGCUCCCACCUCUUCCCUGCUGGCAUGUCCUGUUGGGUUACAGGCUGGGGCACGCUCCGCGAAGGAGGUGCCAUAGCACGGCUGCUGCAGAAGGCGGAGGUGAAGAUCAUUAACGACACGGUGUGUAACGUGGUCACCGAGGGUCAGGUCACAUCCAGGAUGCUUUGCUCCGGCUUCCUGUCCGGAGGAGUCGACGCCUGUCAGGGAGACUCGGGGGGUCCCCUGGUGUGCUUCGAAGAAAGUGGGAUGUGGUUCCAGGCAGGUAUCGUGAGCUGGGGCGAGGGCUGCGCUCGUCGGAACAAGCCCGGCGUCUACUCGCGUGUCACCAAGCUGAGAGACUGGAUCCGCAAGAACACGGGGGUUUGAUGCUGAUGAUGGGGGAGGGGGAGGGACAGCGGGUAGACAGUUUGGGGGUCUGACAGGACAAGACAAAAAAUAAGGAAUAUGGAACAUUGCGUCUGAUUGAGGACGAGUCCCCCCAUGAUGACCAGAGCUAUCCAUUCAUCUAGCCAGCCUCAACCAGCCUCCGACACCCACUGAGGGCCUGCAUGGGGCUAGCUACUGCUCAGARGAAUGAUUUCAAAUGGGUUUMGGAUUAGYUUUUURAAUGUUUUUAUGCUGUACUGAUGCAACCCUGGUUCUCAAAGGCUCCGAGAAGCAGCAAGACUCCUGCACCUCCAUCAAUCAUGUCAUGUUCCACUGGUUUGAUUAAUAUUCUCCCAGUGUAAAUAAUGGAAGAUGUAUAUUUUGAGGACACACUUUGUUUUUGGUGGUAUUUGCCAAGUCUCCCCCAUUGCUAUGAUGUGAGAUCACAUCUUCUGUUGGGCAGACCGACAUGCCAAAUGAACUGAGGGAAUCAGAAAUUGAACAGGAAUAGAAUAAGCUAUAAAAGAAAGGUAUAUUUUAGAGUAUAGUUUUUUUACAAUGUAUUUCUUUACCAGCUGUUUUCACCUGCCAAUUUUCACUUAAAGUGCCUUGACAAGAACAUGGAAUGUUUUAUAAGUGAGUGUGAUAUUAGUAAUGCAGAGAUGCAUGGAAUCUUGAGUUCUAACAAAGAUUGUCUAUUGCAGUGCCUUCAGAAUCAAUUCAUACCCCUUGAUUUAUUUCACAUUUUGUUACAGCCUGAAUUACAAAUUGAUU